AUGACAGAGCCAAUGAUAGACCCUGAAGAAAGAGACUAAAUUUUCUUAGACCUAAAGAAGAACCCUGCUAAUAAUAGAUGUGCUGAUUGCAAUAGAAAGAAUCCAAAUUGGGCAAGUUGUUAUUUUGGUAUUUUGAUAUGCUACGAUUGUUCUGCAAGACAUAGAAGCUACACUCCUACUUACAGUUUUGUGAGAUCUAUCGAUUUAGAUUAAUGGAAUAGAAAGCAAAUUCUUUGUAUGUAAAACGGUGGCAAUGAUAAAGCUCUCGAAUUCUUUAAAAAGAACGGAUUAAUUAGUGAUUCUAACAAAAAUUGCGAUUAUAAAUCUAAUGUUGCAUAACGUUACAAAAAUGACUUAGUUAAGAAAGUUGAAGGUAUAAUGGCUAAAAAUGCACCUGCUUAAACUAAAACAAACCAAGCAAGUAGCAGCGCUUCUGAAUAAAAGAAUCCUUUAGAUGACAUUUUCGGGAACAUUGCUUCCAAAAAAGAACCCGAAGUCGCUGAAUAAAAAAAGGUUGAACCAGAAGAACAAAAAGUUGAAUAAAAAUAAGAAGUUGUGAAUAACAAUAUUCAUAAUGUUGGCUAAGUAAUUGAAAAGAAAGUAGUAUUUACAAGCAAAAAGGAUGGAAAAACUACAAAAAAGGGAGUGAAGGCAUAAAAAGUAGAUGAUUUUGAUUUUGAUAGUUUAGUUAUUGACGAUGGCUCCUCUGCCGCAAAAAAAGAAUCCCCUAAAAAAUCAAACUAAGCAUACGAUUUCAAGCUUUAUGAAGAAGAGCAAGAAGAAAAGCAAAAGAGAGAACAAUAGCAAUAAUAAAAUUCGAGCAGUACAAAUUACUCAAGCUUUGGAAAUGAUUAAAAAGAAGCUCAAGACAAACUUAAUAAACUCAAGCAAAACAAUAAUGUUAAAGCUAUUUCUAGUGAUUUCUUUAAGCAUUAAGACCAAAAUUCAAAUGAAAACUUUUAAAAAUUUAAUGGAGCAAAAUCUAUUUCUAGCAGAGCAUUUUAUGGAGAAGAAGAAAUACCAGAUGAUGAUCAAUAAGGCUCAGAUAAGUUAGAAACUGUUAAAAAUAUGAUAUUCAAAGCUAAAGAUAACUUAGAUGUCCUUAAAAAUAAGGCUAAGGAUUAUUUCAAUAAUUGGAGGUGA